AUGACAUCAAUAUGGCGUACCCCUCUCCAGGGCGACGCCUUCGCGCAGGCGCGGCGGGAGCUGCUGGCGCACCUGGAGGCGGCGGCCUGGGGGCCGUACCGCGCCUCGCCCGAGUUCAGCCGCUUCGUGCAGUUCAAGUGGCUCGAGGGCCAGGCCGUGAACGCCGACGCCUUCGUGGAGUUCCGCGUGCUGGGCAAGGGCGGCUUCGGCGAGGUGUGCGCCUGCCAGCGCCGCGCCACCGGCAAGAUGUACGCCAACAAACGCCUCAACAAGAAGCGCCUCAAGAAGCGCAAGGGAUGGUUCAUGGCCCCCGAGCUGCUCAAGAACGAGGAUUAUGAUUGGUCGGUCGAUUAUUUCACUCUGGGGGUGACCAUUUAUGAGAUGCUGGAGGCCAAGGGGCCCUUCCGCCGGCGGGGGGAGAAGGUGGAGAACAAGGAGGUGACGCGGCGCAUCCUGAACGACGCCGUGUCCUACUCGGACAAGUUCAGCCCCGCGGCGCGCGCGGCCUGCGAGGGGCUCCUGGCCAAGGACCCCCAGAGCCGCCUGGGCUUCCGCGGCAACGACUGCCUGGUGCCCCCCCCGUUCGUGCCGGACCCUCGCCGCGUCUACGCCAAGGACCUGGCGGACGUGGGGGCCUUCUCCACGGUGAAGGGGGUGGAGCUGGACGGGGGGGACGCGGCGCUGUGCGACGCCUUCGCCUCGGGGACCGUCCCCAUCCCCUGGCAGGAGGAGCUGAUCGAGACCGGAGUCUUCGAGGAGCUCAACGUUUGGGGGGCCCCGGGGACGCUGCCCCCCGAUCUGGACCCCAACGCGGCCGGGGGAGCCGGGGGGGGCAAAUCCUCCACGUGUAGGUUGUUGUGA